GUGUCGAAUGGCUGUCAUUGCUUUUUAUGACAGAUGUUUUGCGCGAUAAAUUUGCUUUGUUAAUUUGUAUGAAUAAUAAUUUCAUGAGCGUUAUUUGAGAAAUAAACAAUUAAUAUAUACGCUUGCGAUUGGAUCAUUGAUUAAAAGUGAAUAUUUUUCAUCAAAUGACUAACGAUCAAGAAAGUCAAAUAUCCGAAAAUAUUUUGAAGUAAAAAUUCGGAGCCAGCUGUCUUCACCAUCACAACGGACCGCGAAUACGAAACAUCCGGGCUGAGGUAUUGAUAGUGUAGUGGUGGUUGAAUAAUAAUAUUCAAACUACUCGUGAUAAAGGUCGAAUAUUUGUGAAAAUGGCAAAGACCUAUGAUUAUUUAUUUAAACUACUACUGAUCGGAGAUUCGGGCGUCGGCAAAACUUGUGUAUUAUUCAGAUUUUCCGAAGAUGCAUUCAAUACGACCUUCAUCUCUACUAUUGGAAUUGAUUUUAAAAUUCGUACAAUCGAGUUAGAUGGCAAGAAGAUUAAAUUGCAAAUAUGGGAUACCGCUGGACAAGAAAGGUUUCGUACAAUAACAACGGCAUAUUAUCGUGGUGCUAUGGGAAUAAUGUUAGUGUAUGAUGUUACAAAUGAAAAAAGCUUUGAAAAUAUAAAAAAUUGGAUUCGUAAUAUAGAAGAAAAUGCAUCUGCUGAGGUAGAGAAGAUGUUAUUAGGCAAUAAGUGUGAACUUACAGACAAGAGACAAGUAUCAAAGGAACGAGGUGAACAACUUGCAGUUGAAUACGGUAUUAAAUUUAUGGAAACAUCCGCAAAAUCUAGUAUCAAUGUUGAAGAGGCAUUUUAUACUUUGGCACGUGACAUUAAAGCUAAAAUGGAGAAGAAAUUGAAGGAAGCAUCAAAUCCACCUAAAGGUGGUGGUCAUCAGUUGAAAGCAUCGGAACCACAAAGGAAACCACCAAGUUGGUUAGCUCGCUGUUCUAUACUCUGACCCCCUAAAUAUUUACGACCUUUGAAUGAGGCCAACUUGUCUAUUAUUAUUAAUUACUUACAUACAUUUCGUCGAACAAAUUUAACGUUCUACGAGGCUUCAUAUUGUCCAGUAAUUGGGCUCUGUGAUUUUACACCUUGAUAAUGGACAUUGACUGUGUUUUUAUAAUCAUUAACAUUAAAUAAUUUCUUACUGAGAAAACCAUUAGAGGAGAAAUUGUCAAAACUAUUUCAGUUGGUUUUUCUGUGUCGUUAAUGAUUAUAUUUUUUUAUAAAGAGGAAAUAGAAAAACAUGUAAUGUACACAUUUGAAAUGGAAAUAUUUUUUCAACUACAUUUUUGUAUUAUCUUUUAUUAUAAUCUUAUCGAUAAGUAAUUUGUGAAAUAAUAUUGUUGUGAAGUUUGUGAUAUUUACAGCAAAGAAAUUCAUAAAGUGACAAGUCUCAUAUUAUUUUUGACAUUUCAUUGUGCUUCUGUGAUUGUUUCUCCUCUGGUGUUGUUAUGUAAAGAAGGGAUACAAUGGAAUCAAUAUUAAAGAACCAAUACUAAAUGUGAAA